GCAUGUAUCAACAACUUACGAGUGCUGUCUUCUUGUACCACAACGUGCUAAUUGAACAAACGAUUGUAUUCUUGGUAACACGCUGUUCAUUUCAGGGCCUAGAUGUGGGGACGGGGAGGUUGAAACGCCGCGGCGCUUCUCCACGAAUAGGUAAGUCCCCCCGCUUUUAUACUCGCUGUCUGGACGUUUCGCUGUGUCUUUCCCACCACCCCCCAUUCGUCGUCUUUUCACCUCGUCCUCCAUGUCUAUCCAAAAUAGCCUGGCUAGAUCCACACUGCCGUUGUACACGCUCGAUGCUGGGCGCCGCUUGUCUUUAAUCAACACCGUUUCGCAGUGUGACGCGAUGCUCAAGUCUCUCGACGGACCGUUCGGCUUCGACACCGAGUUCACCAUGGCUGCGGAUGUGCCUAGGAUCGAAGUGAUUCAACUCGCGACGCGGGACUCGACGUUCGUCAUUCACCUCAAGGCAAUGGGAUAUGUCAUCUCUAAGGAGCUCCGUCGCAUCCUAGUAAUAGUACAUAGGCUACACCCCCCCCUGCAGCCUUCCCUCUUGUUCAGGCCGCCCAAGGCCACUAA